UGCCUAUAUAUAAGUUCAAUCUGCAAGCCACUUCCCGUGAACUACUUGUUUGAUUCUCCUAGUUAUAGAAUUGAAGUCAUGAGCCGGAAGAGUGGCGACUGGAUUUGCAGGUGGUGCCAGUACGACAACUUCUGCCGGCGGGAUGCGUGCGUGCGGUGCCACAGGGCGAAGUUGGGCUGCGGCGAGCGGGAGAUGAUCGGCGGGGAGGAGAACGGUGACCAUGCGAUGGUGAACUGGGACGUGAAGCCUGGAGACUGGCACUGCGCCUGCUGCGGCGUUAACAACUUCGCCAGCAGGGACUCAUGCUUCAAGUGCGGCGCGUGCAGGGACGGCGCCGCCUCCGCGGUCGCACAGUCGUGGGGGUCGGCGGCGACCGUCGGGAGCAGCGGUGGCCAGUUGCGGGCUCAGCCGGCAGGGUGGAAGUCCGGAGACUGGAUUUGCACAUGGAGAGGUUGCAACAAGCAUAAUUAUGCAAGAAGGAUGGAAUGUUUCUGGUGCAACACACCGAGGAAUUAUAGCGAGUGAGUAAUGGUAAGUUGGUUCUAUCUCUAUAUUAAGGAACGAAGAACAGUGUUCACUCCUUCUUAGUGAUGAGGACUCUAGUCGCUUUAAUCGGCUAUUGGAGCUCGUUGUGAAUUAUGAUGCUUCUGUCAAUUGAUUGAAUCUGAUUAUGGAGGUGCAGCUCUUUAUAGAUGA